CAGUAUACUUAUCACAGGGUAGCGUAUAAGUAAGCAGAGCGUGCAGCGAAAGAUGGUUAAAGGCCGGUAAUGUGUGUAUCUUGUGCAUCUUUGUUGAAGAAUCAUUUGAACUUUUAAUUGACAGACACCUUAUGAAUGAGAUAUGGCUUAUCAGUUGUUAUUUUCGGCUGCCAAGUUUGAAAAGUUCCUAUUAAGUCGAUUUGAUCACUUUCAGGCUGUAAGGACGUUAUCUCCAUUCAGAAAUGGAACAAGGCUGUCGGCUAUCGAACAAGUCCAACAACAAUGGAGAUGGUUUUGUCAGAAACCACCAAAGGGAUUUGAAAAAUAUUUUAAGCCCAGACAACAGUCUAAAGAAAUUCCAAAAGUAGUUGAAAAUGCACCUAAAGAGAGUAAGAAUGCAGAAAAUGGAAAUGCUUCAAAGGAGACAUCUAGUUCAAGCUCCUCGCCUAACUCAUCAGGUUCUAAACAAUUUGGUUUUAAUAUGAAUGUAGGACGGAAGAUUGGUGGUGAUACUGGUGGACCAUUUAAUGGAAAUGAUAAGUGGUUAACAUUAGGAGCUAUUGGUGCUAUAGGUUUUAUUGCAGCAUUGACUCUUACGGAUAGUGGAAAGGAAAUAACAUGGAGAGAGUUUGUCUAUGGUUAUCUGAACAAAGGAGUUGUUGAUAAACUCGAAGUAAUAAACAAGAAAUGGGUUCGAAUUAGGCUUCAGCCAGGAGCUAGUUCUGAAGGUACACUGUGGUUCAAUAUAGGCAGUUCUGAAACUUUUGAAAGAAAUUUGGAAAAUGCUCAAUUAGAAUUGAACAUUGAACCUCAAAAUCAUGUACCUGUUGUGUAUAAAAAUGAGCUGGAAGGAUCAAAUCUAGUAUCAGCCUUACCAACACUCAUUACUAUAGCUCUUUUAUUAUUCUUAACACGCAAAACUGCAAGUAUGUUUGGUGGUAAAGGUGGUCGUGGUAAAGGACUUUUUGGAAAUGUAACAUCUUCUACUGCUAAACUAAUUAACCCAAGUGAAAUAGGAGUAAGAUUUAAGGAUGUUGCUGGAUGUGAAGAAGCUAAAAUUGAAAUCAUGGAGUUUGUUAAUUUUCUAAAGAAUCCUCAACAAUAUUUCAACCUUGGAGCUAAGAUUCCUAAAGGAGCCAUUUUAACAGGUCCUCCUGGUACUGGUAAAACUUUAUUGGCAAAAGCUACUGCCGGAGAAGCAGACGUACCUUUCAUAACGGUGUCUGGUUCAGAAUUUCUCGAAAUGUUUGUGGGUGUUGGACCUUCUCGUGUCAGAGAUAUGUUUGCCAUGGCACGUAAAAGCGCUCCCUGCAUUUUAUUUAUCGAUGAAAUCGAUGCUGUAGGUCGUAAAAGAGGCGGUAGAAACUUUGGGUCACAUUCAGAGCAAGAAAACACAUUAAAUCAACUCUUGGUAGAAAUGGAUGGUUUCAACACAACGACAAAUGUAGUAGUUUUGGCUGCUACAAAUAGAAUCGACAUUUUGGAUAAAGCUCUUCUACGUCCUGGUAGAUUUGAUAGACAAAUUUACGUACCAGCGCCGGACAUUAAAGGAAGAGCUUCUAUCUUCAAAGUUCAUUUACAAAACUUAAAAACUGAUUUAGAUAAAACUGAACUGGCCAGAAAAAUGGCAGCACUCACACCAGGUUUUACAGGAGCUGAUAUUGCAAAUGUUUGUAACGAAGCUGCAUUGAUAGCUGCUCGUGAUAAGAGAGACAACAUCAUAAUGAAAAAUUUCGAGCAAGCUAUUGAACGAGUAGUUGCAGGUAUGGAAAAGAAGACAAACGUUUUACAGCCAGAAGAAAAGAAAACUGUAGCCUACCACGAAGCUGGGCAUGCUGUCGCGGGAUGGUUCCUACAAUAUGCAGAUCCUCUAUUAAAGGUCUCCAUUAUUCCUCGUGGCAAAGGAUUAGGUUACGCUCAGUAUUUACCUCGCGAACAGUACUUAUACACAAAAGAGCAAUUAUUCGACAGAAUGUGCAUGACAUUAGGUGGUAGAGUAUCCGAAGAACUGUUUUUUGGAAGAAUAACGACAGGUGCACAGGAUGAUUUACAGAAAGUAACUCAGAGUGCUUAUGCGCAAGUCGUUCAUUAUGGUAUGAACGAAAAAGUCGGUAAUGUAAGCUUUGAAAUGCCCCAACCUGGUGAUACAGUUUUGGAUAAGCCUUACUCUGAAAGUACUGCUCAACUUAUUGAUCAGGAAGUUAGGGACAUGAUAACUAAGGCACACAAGCAUACAACAGAACUUUUAACAGAGCACAAAGGAAAUGUCGAAAAGGUCGCUCAGCGAUUGCUGAAACAAGAAAUUUUAAGCCGUGACGACAUGAUUGAAUUGCUCGGACCAAGGCCGUUCCCCGAAAAAUCGACUUAUGAAGAAUUCGUUGAAGGUACUGGAUCAUUUGAAGAAGAUACUACAUUACCUGAAGGUUUGAAAGAUUGGAAUAAAGCUAAAGAUGCUUCAGAUACUAAACCAUCUGAUAGUAGUCCUACGGAAAAGCCACCACCACCACCACCACCACAACCAAAGAUAGAGUCAGAGAAACAAUUGUAAUUAUAUACUUUUAUUUAUAGCCACUUGAUUGAACGUGCAGACACAAAUCUUGAUAUACUUUUAUUGACACUUUGUAUAAUAGCUAUCAAAAUAGAUUUUUUAAAUACAGAAUUACAUAUUUGAUGUCAAGCGAUUCAAACUCUGUGAGCACCAUUGUUUUCUUACGCUUGC